AUGGUGCUCCGUAAGCACGAAUUGGAGGGGAAGCUGGGCGAGGAGAGCGCCAUGAUCAAGAGCGGCGUGCUGCGCGACGAGAACCCCCUCGACCAGAGCGAGGGGUUUGACGAAUUCCUGCUGGCCUGCAGACACGGCGACUUGCGCCGGUGCCAGGAGCUCAUCGGCCGGGGCGUCAACAUCAACGGCAAAGACCGGUUCGACUACACGCCACUCAUCAUUGCCAGCCUCUGCGGACAUUACGAGCUCGUCCAGCUGUUGCUAGACUCAGGCGCGCUCGCGGAACGCAACACGUUCCAGGGCGAGCGCUGCAUAUACAACGCCCUCAACGACAGGAUUCGAAACCUCCUCCUCCAGUACGACUUCUCCAAGUCGUCAGACCCCUACGUCUACUGGUCCGCCCACGUCUCGAGCCUCCUCACCCGCUCCGCGCCAAGCACGUCAGACAUGUCGCUCACCUCGGGCUCGCGCACCUUCAACCUGCACAGGUUCCUCCUGGCGUCGAGGACGCCCUACUUCCGCACGAAGCUGGAGGCGCAGCCCGAGACCCCCUCGUGGCAUCUCGCCAGCACCGUGCCCGUGGAAGCCGUCCAGAUCGUCCUGCGCUACCUGUACCUCGGCGACCUGCCCAGAGACCUGGUCCCCCCCGGCAGCCGCGCCUCCGAGGAGGACGUCGUCAGGGGCCUGGACAAGAUCAGCAAGCAGCUCGAGGUCGAGCACCUCUGGGAGGCCAUCAUGGCCACCAGCGACCGCCGGCUCGCGCGCCAGCGCCGCCAGGAGGAGGAGCAGCGCGCCCUCAAGCAGGUGGGCGACUUCUUCCGCGCCAAGGUCCUGGGCAACAAGAUGGUCGUCGACACGGCGCGCGUCCACGACACCAGGUGGAAGCUCGGCAACGCCGCGUUCGCAGACGUGCUCCUGCGCGCCGACGAACCGCCCGCCCCCGGCGCCGGCAGACGGCCUCGCAAGUCCGCCCUGUACCCCGUCCACAAGGCCAUGCUCAUCCGCAGCGGGUACUUUGACAGGAUGUUCUCGGGGAGCUUUGUCGAGUCCCGCCGCUCCGAGGACCUGCGCGUCGUCACCGUCGACUGCGCGCCCCCGGUCCUCGAGCUCGUCCUCGCCUUCUUGUACACGGAGAGCACCGCGUGUCCGCUCCAACACGCCCUGGACCUGCUGUACACGGCAGACAUGCUCCUCCUGGACACGCUCAAGAACAAGGCUGCGCAGGCAAUCAGCACCCUGGGAAGCGCCACCUCAAACGUCCUCGUCGACCGCACCCACAGGCACACCAACGGCCAGGCCAACGGGACCAGGCACGCGGAGCGGCAGGCGGAAAUGGUCGAGGCGGAACCCAUCAAUAUAUACAACGUCAUCCACGCAGCUUGGGAUCUUGGCGUGCAGAGGCUGGAAGAAUUUGCGGCGCGCUACUUGGCCACCAGGUUGGAAGACUAUAUCGACGACCCUGAUUUUCAGGAACUUAUCCGUGAGAGUGCGGCGCGAAUCCAGCGUCGCGAGGAGACGGAUACGAUUGAGUUGCUAGAUGACAUACGAUUCUAUUUAUCAGAGCGUUUCAGAUUACGUUUUGAAGAUGCUGGGCUGGACGACAUGAUGAUGGAUCAAGAUGGGAAAAUUGACGUCGAGGCGGCCGUGUCCUCGCCAGAACGGGGGGACGUCGUGGUGACUGGACAUGGGGCACGCAGUGGAGCAGAGAACGACGGGGUUGUCGAGACUUUGCAUGGUGACAUGGCCGAGGAUGAGUUUGUGUCGGAUGCUAUCAAUUAUCAGAUCCUGUUGGGCAAGAUCGACGCCAUGCUGGAACGGCUGAAAUUGGAUGCCUAG